CUGAGCCCUGCCCAGGAGCAAGUGUGGGGUCGGGGGCGGGGGGCGGGGCUCAGCAGCCCGGGCGGCCCGGCCUGGACGGGGCGGGGGAGGCCAUGGCCUCCGCAGAGUUGCAGGGGAAGUACCAGAAGCUGGCUCAGGAGUACUCGAAGCUUCGAGCUCAGAAUCAGGUCCUGAAGAAAGGCGUUGUGGAUGAGCAGGCCAGCUCUGCUGUUCUGAAGGAACAGCUGAAAAUGAAGGAUCAGUCGUUGAGGAAACUACAACAGGAAAUGGACAGUUUGACAUUUCGAAAUCUGCAGCUUGCCAAGAGGGUGGAACUCCUUCAAGAUGAGCUAGCGCUGAGUGAGCCCCGAGGCAAGAAGAAUAAGAAAAGUGGCGAGUCUUCCUCUCAGUUGAGUCAAGAGCAGAAGAGCGUCUUCGAUGAAGAUCUGCAAAAGAAAAUCGAGGAGAAUGAGCGGCUGCAUAUACAGUUUUUCGAAGCUGACGAGCAUCACAAGCACGUGGAAGCAGAGCUGAGGAGUCGGCUGGCCACUCUGGAAACCGAAGCUGCUCAGCACCAAGCUGUGAUUGAUGGCCUGACCCGGAAGUACAUGGAGACCAUUGAGAAACUACAGAAUGACAAGGCUAGGCUAGAGGUAAAAUCUCAGACUCUAGAAAAGGAGGCCAAGGAAUGUCGACUUCGAACAGAAGAAUGUGCCUUGGGUUGUUACUCCUUCCUUGACUUGGGUUCUAGAGUGCCAAUAGUGACAGUGUGGAAAAGAUCACUUAUCUAUCCUAUCAUGAACAUAAAAUGGAUGGUGGUAGUGGUCAGGGUUGAACCUAGGGCCUGUUCAUAUGAGAUUGGGCUUUUAACCAGGACUCCAGACAGUGAGGUCCCAGAUGUGGAGUCCCGGGAAGACCUGAUUAAGAAUCACUACAUGGCAAGGAUAGCGGAGCUCACGUCUCAGCUGCAGCUGGCUGACAGCAAGUCGGUGCACUUCUACGCCGAGUGCCGAGCGCUCUCUAAGAGGCUGGCCCUGGCGGAGAAGUGUAAGGAGAACCUGACCGAGGAGAUGAAGCUAGCCAGUCAGAAUAGCAGCAGGCUGCAGGAUGAGCUGACGACCACCAAGAGGAGCUACGAGGAUCAGCUGAGUAUGAUGAGCGACCACCUGUGCAGCAUGAACGAGACCCUGUCCAAACAGAGGGAAGAGAUCGACACGCUGAAGAUGUCCAGUAAGGGAAAUUCUAAGAAGAACAGGAGUCGAUAGUUGACGAGGAGCUGGACGCGACUGUUCCCUCCAGACCGGCUGCAGCUGCUGCCCAGAGUCUCGGGGCCAGACUCCACAGCCAGUGCUGGUGGCCCCUGGGAGCUGAAGUGCUGUGGGACCUGUAAACUAGCCAGUGUUGUCCGUGACCUUGAGACGUUUGAAGUCUUUGUAAACAGCAAGGCAAAUACAGAAUUGGAUGUUGACAGUCAAUGGAAAACAAUAGACAUAACCAUGGAUAUUGUAGGUUUCCUUAUGCUGUUUUUACUGUGCACUUUUUGAAAUUAGGAUUUAAUUUCAGUAUGUAAGAACAACAAAUAUUUUGUAUAUUUUCAAACUCCAUUAUAUGGUAAUGGAUUUGGUAUCUAUGGAAUAGAUGUAUGUUUCUGGAUAAAAUGCUUAAAUCGUCAGAUGUCAUUACUUCCUCUAUUGUCAUUUCUUCUUAUAAUUGAAAAUUGAAAACGUCUCAGAUUCUUUUUAAAAGAUUCUCUCCCUCCCCCUCCCUCCUUCCCCCUCCCUCCCGUGUCCCCUCCCUCCCCCACCUUCCCCUCCCUCCCUCCCCGAGGUGGCGAGCCCGCAUCCUUUCGAGCCCCUGGGUCUGCUGUCAUGUCUGCAGCGCUGCAGUCCUCUCUCUGUUAGAAUAAUUGCUGAAGGAAAUUCAUGUCAAUAAAUUCCUACCCACAUGAA